AUGUGUGACGAUUGUAAUACAUUAGGAGGAGAUGGAUGUUCUUCUUUUUGUAGUAUUGAGGAUUCAUUUCAAUGUGAAAGUUAGCAAGGCUCUAUAAGCUUAUGCACAUCUGUCCAAGCACCAUAAUUUAAAUUGGAAAUACUUUCUAAUAAAGAAAAUUCGAUUCAAGUUGUAGAAAUAACUUUCACUUAAUAAGUUAAAUUACAUGAAGAAUUAAUACUUGAAGAUUUUAUGCUUUUUAGUAUUCUUCCUUAAACUCAAUAUGUAUUAACAAUCAAUAGUAUUCAAAAUUUGACUAUUAAUCUUACCUAACCGAUUUUAAAUUAUUUUUAGAUAGAUCAAUUAUUAAAUAAGUUGAGAGGAAGUAAUGUAAAUUUGGUCAAUAGUAAAUUAAAUCAAGAUCCGAGUACUAUUUUAAAUUAACUCUAUAUUUACAAUGCUAAAAGUUGCUAUUUUUCUGUGUUUGCUUCUAUAUUAAGUUAUUUUAUUUGUUGCCUAUUAGUAUCGAAAUUAUUAUAAAAAUUUAUUUUCAAUCUCAAUAAGAAAUAUGAAACAAAUAAGAAAAUUCUAAAAAUGAUUCAUUAAUUUUAACAUAAGAUUCAAAAAAAGUGUUUGAUUUUAAAAAUUGAAUACUUCUCUUUAGGAAUUUUUAAAGUUUAUUAAGCAAUCCUACAUUAGUUUCUGUUCAGUGCAAUAUUGUAAUUUCCAAAUUAUACUUUUGAUUCUUUAUUUGAAAUAUUUAAUAGUAUUAAUGCUAUUAUUGGAUUGUUAUUUAUUAUAAUCGCCACUUUUCCAUUACUUUCAAUUACCUCAUCUAAAAUAAAAAACUAAAGAAAGUGGAAGUACUUUUAUUUUGAAUCUAACUCUUAAUUUUGGGUUUUGUAAUUUAAACCGUUUUAAAUUUUCAGAACCUUAUUUUAUAUAUUAAUUAUUGUAAAAUUAAUUAAUUUUCCAGAAGCAUAAUCUAUAUUACUAUCAACUCAAUCAUUCUUGUUUAUGAUUUACUUAAUCAAGUUUAAGCCCUUAAAAUCUGUAUAUGAAUUGUCAAAAUUAAUAUGCAGAGAAUUAUUAUUAAUGAUUAUAACAGGAACAUUCUUAUGUUAUAGUUUUGAAUUUAGCCCAGAAAAUAAUAUUAUAAUUGGCUGGGUUCAUAUUGGAAUGUUUUGUGCAAUUUUGGCUUCAAAUUUGUUUAUCGACUUGCUAUAAUAAAUUAAGACAAUAUAUGAAGAUUAUUUGAAAAAAAAACAAAAAGAGAAGAUUGAAUAGGAAAAAAAAUAUAUAAGGGUUUUAAGUAAAUUAAGAGGAUUUUAAAUAAUGAUAAAAAUGAGAAUUCAAUAUAAUUUCCCAAAAUUUUAUUACAUUAAAAACUAAUUAUUUAUAUAUUAAAAAAUCAUAAUGUUCCUCUUAUUUAAUUCAAACUAUUUAAUUAGAAUCAAUUAAUGUCUUCUCUCAUAAGUAAACUCUCCUAAGUUUACCUUACAAAAAUUUUAAUGA